GCAAAGCAUGCUUCAGUAUGGAGUGUGUUUUUAACUAGUCGUAGUUAAAACAAUGUUAUAACGUUAAGUUGGUCUUUCAUGUUCCUUGUGCUUGAAUUGAUGUUGUCUUCACCCUAUAAGAUAUCCGUGCAACUGACUCACUAGCCAACUAUAUGCUAGUGGAUGAGACUGCUCAUCGAAUAUGCUAAAUGGAUCUCGGUCUGUAACCUGGUGACGCUGUGGCAAAAUGGAUAGACCCACCAACAUCAUGGACAUGUUUGAGACUGGAAAAGUCUUGAAAGUCUGUGCGCCUAUGGUUCGUUAUUCAAAGUUAGCUUUCAGAUGCCUGGUGAGGAAGUAUGACUGUGAUGUAUGUUUCACUCCGAUGAUUGUGGCAGCAGAUUUCAUGCGCUCUGUGAAAGCCAGGGACAGUGAAUUCACCACAAAUAGGGCUGAUCGGCCCCUAAUUGUGCAGUUCGCCGCCAAAGACGCCCAGACGCUGGCAGAUGCUGCCUGUGUUGUUGCGCCUUUCUCUGAUGGAGUGGACUUGAAUUGUGGUUGUCCUCAGAGAUGGGCAAUGUCAGAGGGUUAUGGAGCCUGCCUGAUCAACAAACCAGACAUUGUGAAAGAUAUGGUGCGAAAAGUCCGAAACCAAAUCGAAAACCCCAACUAUGCGGUGUCCAUUAAAAUCAGGAUCCACAAAGACAUAAGGAAGACCGUAGACCUGUGUCAGAAAGCAGAGUCGGCAGGGGUCUCAUGGAUCACCGUGCACGGACGGACAUCUGAUGAGCGCCACCAGCCUGUCCACUAUGAUGCCAUAAAGACUAUUAAGGACAGCCUGUCCAUCCCAGUCAUUGCCAAUGGAGACAUCAAGAGUCCACGGGAUGUGGAGUCGAUUCAUCAGCUAACUGGAGUUGAUGGUGAACACAUACACUAACAAAUGACUCUGCAGUGGACUGCAGUUGCCACCUUCCUAUAUGUGGAGAUUGGGAUCCUUCUUCUCCUCUGCAUUCCUUUCAUCUCUGCUACAAGAUGGCAAAGCAUUUUCAAGCUAAACAUAUGGAACAAACUCUCACCUUUCUGGAACAAAGGCUUCCUCACCAUGAUCAUAGUCCUCAUCGUACUCUUUCUAGAUGCUGUGAGAGAGGUAAAGAAGUACUCUGGCACAGAGCCCGGUAAAGAUGCCAAACUGAACCCCAACAUGUACGACCACAUGCACAUGAAGCUGUUCAGAGCCCAGAGGAACCUCUACAUCUCUGGCUUCUCACUCUUCCUCUGGCUAGUCAUGAGGCGUGUCAUCACCCUGAUCAACCAGCUGGCCACAGCCAAAAACACCACCGGAGCACUGCAGACCCAGGCGGAGAGUGCCAACCAGGCCGCGAAGAAAUACAUGGAGGAUAACGAGCUCCUGAAGCAGGCUCUGGAGGAGGGAAAGGGAGACCAGGCAACUGCUGAGGGAAAUGAACUGUUGAGAAAAGAGCUGAAGAAACUGAAGGAGGAACUGGCGACCUCAGAGGAUGAUCUAAAGAAGUCUCAGUCUGAGGUGGAGGCCAUGAAGAGACAAAGUGAAGGCCUGACCAACGAGUACGACCGCCUGCUAUUGGAUCACCAGGAACUGCAGAACCAAAUUGCCAGUGGAGAUAAGAAGGACGACUAGGAUUUUUCAAUGUUGUAUAAUAUUACUCCAAAACACCAGUGAACUCGCUGUGCACCAGCACCUGUUUUCUCUUUUAGCCUAUAUCAGAGCACUGCAUGCAACCAAAAAUGUGACGACACCCUCACCAUGCAGGCAGUAGUGUGAACCAUGCAUGUUGUUUUCGCCAGGUUUGACUAGGUAUCAGUGCACAUAUCAAGAUGUGUUUACUAUAUGCCAUGUGUGAGGAACUGGCACAUAUUGUUUACGCCAUCUGGGCUUACACCAACGGACUCCUUUUUUGAUCUACCCAUUGGCAGUUGAUUAUGACUUAAGUAGUCAGACAUUUACAAGACAACAAAUUGACAAAACCUUUUAUCACUUGUAUUUUGAAGUGAUGGUACAGUUUAUAAUCUGGUCAAAGAACCCAAAUCAUUUGAAGCCAAAUCUAGUGUCAGCUCAAGCCUAAUGUCAGUGGCUUCACUACAUGCGAGAAGCCAAUCAGCACCACUGUGUAUUGUUUGGUGCGGGAGGGAUGUGUUUUAGGGGUGCAAAAACCAUGCUGUCUUAUGCUGUUAUGCUGUCUGUUCUCUGACCAUAUUCAGGGACUUCCUUCCUUUUUCAGAGAUGAUGUAGAAUGUCAUGGUGACAAAGAAAAUAAUGAUUUGAGGUUGAUUGUACCGAUGUUUUUUUUUUUCACUCUUAAGUCUUACUGUAAGUGCUCCAUCCAGGCAUCGUUUGUUGUGUGUUAUAGCCCUGUUUAUUGCACUCUUAAGUCUUAAGUGCUCCAUCCAGGCAUCGUUUGUUGUUUGUUAUAGCCCUGUUUAUUGUUUAUUGCACGUGUUCUUUUAAUAUUAAGUUAACGUUCUUGUGAUUUUCCUUAUUUUAAAAGUCACUGUGUUCAUGUGUUGUUAACGAGUGGGCACAUUGCAUAUUUGACACAGUCUCACAUUAGAGCAGCUCAAAGAAGAAGCUAUUCAUCAGACACUGAGCGCAUUUACUGUGUGGUUAUCAGUGCUCAUGGAGUUUGACCUCAUCUGUGUCAGCAGUGUAGAUGGUAGGUGGAUGCCACUGAUGUCAGAGUAGAGUACCGUUUUUUUCCCCUCUGUUCCACAGUUUCCACCUCUCUGUUGCACAGCUUAGGAGAGUGUGCCGUGCAGUUGUUCGUUGUGCCAGUGGCAUGUUUUAGAGGCGGUUCAUCUGUAGACAUUUCAGAUUUAAUUCAUAAUUAACUGUGAUCGACGUUUGCCCUCUAGAAGAAUGUGAAAUGGACUUUACCCGGACUGAAACCCUCCAAGCCUCAUGGGUAUAGUAGGCAUACUGUUGGUAAUGAGCAUGCUGACCACAGUGGGAAUGCAAACAGGGAACUAGCCUCCCAAGAUAAAGUGCCUUUAUGACAACUGUAAAGGAUUCACAUUGUGCUGUAUUAUUUGCUAUUUUAUGAACUCCACUGUUAUUAAAAAAAUAUUUCACAUAAAAA